AUGUCACAGUACAUCCCCAGUAUUUCUUCCGAUUCUCUUUAUCGCAAAGUUAUCCUGAUUACAGGUGGUGCCAAUGGAAUUGGUGCCUGUCUGGUGAAACAAUGCCUGGAAAGCGGUGCCAACGUCUGCAUUGGUGACUUGGAUAACAUCUCGGGCGAGCGUCUGCUAAAGAAAAGCUGCGAGGAGUUCCGCUCAGAGGAAGAGGAUAUGCCCCCGCGGGCAGUUUUUCAAACUACUGAUGUCACGAACUAUCCGUCGGUGCUGGCGCUGUUCGACCUGGCUUUCAAGACAUACAAACGCAUCGACCAUGUCGUCUCUGCGGCUGGUAUUGUAGAAAUCGGCAACUGGUUUGACUUUGGACUCACGCUGGAGGAAGUUCGCCAGACUCCAACCCACAAAGUCCUGGACGUCAACCUCCUUGGCUCCAUGUACGUUUCCCGCAUCGCAUCCGUAUACUUGCGCCACAACCGCGGAGGGAACUGCGAUCGAUCUAUUCUCUUGUUCUCUUGCGUCUCUGGUUUCAAGGAGAGCCCGUCCCUGUUCAUCUACCAGGCUUCUAAGCACGGUGUCACCGGACUCAUGCGCUCCCUACGCAACUAUAUUUCCUCUCCGUAUAAGCAUUCCCUCCGUAUCAAUACGAUAUGCCCAUGGAUGACCCAGACUGAGAGCAUCAAAAAGGUUGAGGCGCAAUGGAAAAAUGCUGACCUUCCAACCAAUACCCCGGACGAGGUUUCGAUGGUGGCUACUGGAGUGUUGAGCGACAAAUCACUUAACGGUACAUCUAUGUUCGUUGAAGGGGGCCGUGCCUGGGAGAUCGAACAAAACAUUGACCGACUGGAGUCGGAAUGGUUGGGCGAAGCUCCGUCCAAGGUUCUUGGGCUGGGCCAACAACUGCUCGCCGACGGAGCUAUUUGGACUACCCCAGAACGAGCCCGGAAGAGGAGCAGCGUCUCCUGCGGAAUUCCGCCUGGUGUGCCUCUUCAUAAGCUCAACGGUCUCUCGAAUAGCUUAAAGAAUGGCAUCUCCAAUGGCGCGAACAAUAGCAAAGCGAACGGAAUAGCCGAAAAAUUGCCCAACAGGCUUGCCAAUGGAAUGACCCACGGAGUUACGAACGGAGUGCAUUAA